AUGAGGACAUUCAUCGAGUACUUAUUCUUUUUCUACCUUCAGAUUAUCAGCUACAAGCCCUAUGGAAAGGCGGUGGACUGGUGGGCAUUCGGUGUGCUUCUCUAUGAAUUCCUUGCUGGUCAACCUCCCUUCGACGGUGAUGAUGAAGAAGAGCUUUUCCGAAACAUCGCUACUGGCGAGGUCUCCUAUCCACGAUCGUUAUCUCGUGAAGCCUGUCUCAUUUGCAAGGCCCUGCUAACUCGCGAUCCCAACCAACGGCUAGGCAGUGGACCCAAUGGUGAACAGGACAUCUGUGAGCAUCCCUUCUUCCGACACAUCGAUUGGAGGAAAAUUGAAAAUCGAGAGGUCCAACCUCCAUUUAAACCGAAAGUUGUAAGUUGA